UAGGGCGAACAACAAAACAAUGUUGUGGUCCUGACUAACAUUGAAUGGAUAAGCCAUCUAUUCUUGAGCACUAAUGAGAUUAGGGUGUCAUUGCAGACAUGGGUUGCAGCGGCAAAGUACCUUUUGUUGAGCUCCGUGGGGAGUGUUUUCCCUGUCAGUCCUUCAGCGCUGGAAAUGGCGUUCUGAUGCUGAACAAGGAAGACGCGGUGCAGGCGGAUGCCAGCGAAUAGAAAUUACAUGUUUUCCAUAAACUGGUUUGUGGUGUGGAUUCCUAGUAGUGGUGGACAACAUGAAGUACCAGAAAUACAUAACGGUGAUACAGAUGGCUAUGGGGGUGACUGCCAUCAACAGAGACAAUUGCAUCCCUCCUAAGAGACAGAUGUGGGUGACUCCCACAGAUGGAUUGUCAGGGAUAGGUGCCACAGGGAUAGGCACCGCUGCUUCCUCUGCUGCCAUUACGGAAGCUCAGGAUUCAGCAGAAGCAGCUGCAGAAGAUGCUGCAGCUGCUCGUGCCGCUGCUCGUGCAGGUGCUAUGUGUGGUUCUGGUGCUAUAGGAGGAUGCAGUGUAAUGUUUGCCACCUCCACACUCUCGCUGCCCAUGACCCAGGGCAAGCCCUCCCUCCGCAGGAUCAAGGGCCGUAUUCACCGCAGCAAGAGCCUGGACAGCAUAGACCUGCUCGACUCCAAUAGCGCAGCGAUGGAGGAAACUGUAAUAUGGGAACAGCACACAGUGACCCUUCACAGAGCCCCAGGGUUUGGGUUCGGCAUAGCCAUCUCAGGGGGCCGGGACAACCCUCACUUCCAGAGUGGUGAGACUUCCAUUGUCAUCUCCGACGUCCUGAAGGGAGGCCCAGCAGAAGGACUCUUAUCGGAAAAUGACCGUGUGGUAAUGGUCAACGCGGUGUCCAUGGACAAUGUAGAGCAUGCGUACGCAGUGCAGCAGCUUCGGAAGAGUGGAAAGAAUGCAAAAAUAACGAUCAGAAGAAAACGGAAGGUUCAGAUCCCGGUGUCCCGCCCAGGAGACAGGGAGACUAUGUCCGAGCACGAGGAAGAGGACACGGAUGAAGACGACGGUUGCGAGCCGCACAGCGGGCCCACCAGCGCCUACGGAGCGGCGAGCGGCGGCACGGCCAGCAGGCGGACAAACGACCGCGAGCGUGAACGCAGCAACAGCAGCCGGCGGGAACACAGUGCCUCGCGAGAGAGGAGCAUCUCGCCCCGCUCCGGCCGAUCCCAAGGGUCCUCUACACCGUCCCGCCCCGCCAAAGUCACCCUUGUCAAGUCCCGCAAGAAUGAAGUAGAGUAUGGUCUGCGUUUGGCCAGCCACAUCUUUGUGAAGGACAUCUCCCCAGAGAGCCUAGCAGCACGGGAUGGAAACAUCCAGGAGGGAGACGUGGUGCUGAAGAUUAACGGCACAGUGACCGAGAACCUGUCGCUAAUAGAUGCUAAGAAGCUGAUUGAGAGGUCAAAGGGCAAGUUAAAGAUGGUGGUCCAGAGAGACGACAGAGCCACGUUGCUCAACAUCCCCGACAUGGACGACAGCAUUCCCUCCGGCAACAACUCCGACCGAGACGACAUUUCAGAAAUUCAUUCACUGACCUCAGACCAUUCCACUCGAUCCCAUGAUCGAGCACGGGGCAGUCGAUCCCGCUCCCCUACCCGGUCUGAGCCCUCGGACCCCUCCCGACACUCACCACGGCAGAUUAGCAAUGGCAGCCACAGAAGUCGAGAUGAGGAGAGGAUUUCCAAGCCCGGGGUGAUGUCGACUCCUGUUAAAGGUUCCCAGGAGGCCCUAAUCCAGGCCAUCAGCGACCAGCCACUGGCCAGAGAGGACAAACUGCCCCCACUGCCAGAACCAAAGCCAGUGUAUGCCCAGCCUGGCCAGCCUGAUGUGGACCUUCCAGUCAGCCCCUCUGAUGCCCCAGUGCCCAGCGCUGGUCAUGAUGACAGCAUCCUCAGGCCGAGUAUGAAGCUGGUGAAAUUUAAGAAGGGGGAGAGUGUUGGCCUGAGGCUGGCCGGAGGGAACGACGUGGGCAUCUUUGUAGCCGGAGUCCUGGAGGACAGCCCAGCUGCCAAGGAAGGUCUGGAGGAAGGAGACCAGAUUCUCAGGGUAAACAACAUAGACUUUGCUAACAUCAUCCGAGAGGAGGCUGUGCUGUUCCUCCUAGACCUUCCCAGGGGUGAAGAGGUCACCAUUCUGGCCCAGAAGAAGAAGGAUGUUUACCGUCGGAUAGUAGAGUCAGAUGUGGGUGACUCGCAUUCAGGAGCGGAGAGAGGUCAUCCCCAACAAGAACUGAGCUUCAACAAGGGAGAGGUGUUCCGUGUAGUGGACACCAAUGAGAACUCUACAACGAGAGACGCCAUACGCAUUGGCAAGAACCACCAGGAGGUGGAGAGAGGCAUCAUCCCCAACAAGAACAGGGCAGAGCAGUUGUCCAGUGUGCAGUACACCCUCCCCAAAACGCCAGGGGGCGACAGGGCUGACUUCUGGAGGUUCCGUGGUCUGCGGACCUCCAAGAGGAACCUGAGGAAGAGCAGAGAGGACCUGUCUGCCCAGCCGGUCCAAACCAAGUUCCCUGCCUAUGAGAGGGUGGUGCUGAGAGAGGCUGGGUUCCUGAGGCCUGUGGUGAUCUUUGGGUCCAUCGCAGACGUGGCGAGAGAGAAGCUGGCCAGAGAGGAGCCUGACCUGUUUGAGCUUGCCAAAACACAGCAACAUGAAGGAGUGGAAAAGAGUGAGCCCAAAGACGCAGGAAAAGACCAGCGCAGCUCCGGGAUCAUUCGCCUCCACACCAUUAAACAGAUCAUUGACCGGGACCGGCAUGCUGUGCUGGACAUCACCCCCAACGCUGUGGACCGUCUGAACUACGCCCAGUGGUACCCCAUCGUGGUGUUCCUCAACCCAGACAGCAAGCAGGGUGUCAAGACCAUGAGAACCAGGCUGUGCCCCGAGUCCAGGAAGUCAGCCAGGAAACUCUACGAGAGAGCCCUCAAACUGAGGAAGAACAACCACCACCUCUUCACCACCACCAUUAACAUGAAUAAUAUGAAUGACGGGUGGUACGGUGCCCUGAAGGAGACCAUUCAACAGCAGCAGAACCAGCUGGUGUGGGUUUCAGAGGGAAAGGCGGAUGGUGCUCCAGAUGAUGACCUGGAUCUGCAUGAUGACCGUCUGUCGUACCUGUCGGCUCCGGGCAGUGAGUACUCCAUGUACAGCACGGACAGCCGCCACACCUCCGACUACGAGGACACGGACACAGAGGGCGGGGCCUACACCGACCAGGAACUAGACGAGACGCUGAACGACGAGGUGGGCCUGCCCACUGAGCCCGCCAUCACCCGCUCCUCGGAGCCCGUCCGAGAGGACCCGCCAGUAAUCCAGGAGCCCCUGGGGUACGGCGGGUACCAGCACACAGUGCAGCCCGACCCCCUGAACCGGAUCGACCCAGCCGGAUUCAAGGCACCAGCGGCCCAGCAGAAUGAGAAAGCAGAGGCUGUUCCGGCCACCAUGCCUAUCCUCCCUCAGCAGCCUGAGCAGCCUGUGUUACUGGCUGAGACAGAGACAGUGCCCCCUGCUGUCGACAACACCGUAAAUGGUGUAGCUGGUUUGAGCCAUGGUUUAAGCCUUGGCCCUAUCGCUGCUCCCCAGAGCGAACCCAGCCCAGGCCCCGGCCCCGGCCCCGAGGCUGACUGGCCUAGGAUGCCCACCCCUGAUCUAGCUCAGCCCCUGGCCCCGGCCCCAACGCUCGAACCCGAACCCCUACAAUCCGGACCUCCCAGUUCAGAACCACAGAUAUACAAGAAGGAUCCCUACCUGGAGGAGCCAAUCAGAGUAAACCAUGGUGGUGUAAAGCCGUCUCCGACGAUGGGGCCUCCCAUGACCUACGAGUCCCAGCCUCCAUACCAGGACCAACACCCGUACAGAGAUUAUGAUCACCCACCUAACCGCUACGACGGGGGUGGCUACCUCGAACCAAAGUAUCGUAACUUCGACUCUCAACUGCACCAUGAGAAAAGCGUGCCUCACUACGAUGACCAGUGGCCUCCUUACAACCAGCAGACCUCUGGCCCACCACCCCACCAGCAACAGCAGCAAUCUGGGCAUGGCUACGACCCCCGGCUGUCCUACGAAGACGGACCCAAGCAAGACUACAGCCCUCCUCAGCCGCGCUAUGAUGAGGCCCCGCUGGGCUACAACGGACGACCUCGCUACGGAAAGCCUGCAGGACCAGGACCCAUCCGCUACGAUGAGUCUCCUCCAUCCGGCCCAGGGGGCUACGCUCCUCUACGUUACGACCAGGAGCCUCACCCGUAUCCCCCUUCAACACGCUCUCCAGAGCCCCCUAAACAGUACUACCAGGGGGAGCCUGCCCAGCGGCCAGGACCUGGGCCGGCCUACAACCAGGCACCACUUCAGCACCGAGGCUACAAGCUCCCGCCCCAACAGUACGAACCCAUCAUGAACUUUGACGCCCCCGUGCCCGCCCCCAAACCACAACCAGAGGCUCUCCGUCCCUCACCUGGGGACACGGUGAUCACUACAGCCCCCAAUCUCCUUCCCCCUCCCCCCAGAGUGGAGCCAGAGGACGACCCGGCCAUAAGGGCCCAGUCGGUGCUGUCCAGAGUCAAGAUGUUUGAGAACAAGCGCUCUGUCUCUGUGGACCGAGCCAAGGAGGCAGGGGACACCUUCGGGCUCAGGGCAGCAGAUCUGCCCACCAAACCAGGUGCGUGCAUUCCUAAAGCCAACUCGCUCAGCAAUCUGGACCAGGAGAAGUCGUUCAGAGUCCCUGAGCCUCAGAAGGCCCGAGAGGUGUCCGAUGAUGACAUCGUGCGCUCUAACCACUAUGACCCAGAUGAAGACGAGGAGUACUACAGGAAACAGCUGUCCUACUUUGACCGGCGCAGCUUGGACGCAGGCAAGGCACUUCCUCAGACAACACCUGUCAUCGCAACCAAACCUGCUGUUCAACCACAAGCACAUCCCGGAUACAACUACCCAAGGGCAGAGUCAGUGGAGAAGGUCAGUCCUGUGGAGAGGAGAUAUGAACCCGUUCCCCAAGUUACCCCCACUGCCCCACCUGCCAUACUACCCAAACCCACCUCAUCUGAGGACACAGUCACAACCAACUACCUGCCCCAGAAGAGUUACCCUGAGAAGUCUCCAGUGAACGGUAUGGCAAUGAAGGACCAGCCCAAGGCCCCGGCCAAUACUAGCUACAACCGCUACGUCCCCAAGCCCUACACCAACUCCGCCAAGCCCUUCGAGAGGAAGUUUGAGAGCCCCAAGUUCAACCACAACCUGCUGCCCAACAACAAAACAGACCUGACCCCAGCCAUCAAGGCCCCAGCCAACAGCACAGCCCCAGCCAAGCCCCAGAUCUCCCCCCAACCUACAGACCUGGACUCUGGCAUGGACACCUUCACACGCACCAUGGACAACAGGUCCAAGUACCAGCACAACAACAUCAACGCUGUGCCCAAGGCCAUCCCUGUCAGCCCCAGUGCUCUGGAGGAUGAUGAUGAGGAUGAAGGUCACACGGUGGUGGCCACGGCCCGGGGGGUCUUCAACUGUAAUGGAGGGGUGCUGAGCUCCAUCGAGACGGGUGUCAGCAUCAUCAUCCCACAGGGGGCCAUCCCCGAGGGCGUAGAACAGGAGAUCUACUUCAAAGUCUGCCGGGACAACAGCAUCCUGCCCCCCCUGGACAAGGAGAAAGGAGAGACCCUGCUCAGCCCGCUGGUGAUGUGUGGCCCUCACGGCCUCAAGUUCCUGAAGCCUGUGGAGCUGCGUUUACCUCACUGUGCGUCUAUGACCCCAGAUGGUUGGUCUUUUGCUCUAAAAUCCUCCGACUCCUCGUCGGGUGAUCCCAAGAGUUGGCAGAAUCAGUCUCUCCCUGGAGACCCCAACUACCUGGUGGGAGCCAACUGUGUGUCUGUGCUCAUCGACCACUUCUGAAGAGUGCAACAGCUGGCCUGUUACUGAAUGUGAAACCAUGGGAAAGGAUGGAUAAUACAUACACACACACACACGCACACCAUUUCUCCAGGGGUGGACCAUACACAAUGAUGUAUUUACACCCAGUGCUCCAGUGUUGUUUACUGUGCCCAUGGAAGAUGGAAGGAGACUGAAGUUGCCCCUAUGUGCUGUCCUUUAACUCUUUCCGAGGUCUUGAAGAAAAUACAAAACACACAACGAUUUAACCAGUGAUGGAAUGCAUGCCCUGUGCCACUGAGUAACUCAUCACAUUAUACGCCAAGUUUUAACUUUUAAUUGUUACAUAACAGGAAAAUGGUUUGAGGUUUUUACUUUUGAAGUAGAUGGACAUACAUGUAGGUGUAUUUAUACUAUGUAUGCAUACAGUAUAUAUAGUAUAUGGUAUAAUUUGAAAUUCAAUUCUAGAAAUCGUAAUUCAAGAAUCAGAAUUCAACCUUUUUUGUCACCUUUUGAAUUGGCUGACUUACAAAGACGGUCAUGUUUUUUCCACAUUGACAGAUUUGUGAUGGUUUUGGAAUUCGGUGCCAGGGAGGUGGGCAGUAAAGUGAUGAUGUCAAUGCAGAGCCACAUUUUCUAAAUGUAUGGCUCUGUGGUAAUGAUUAUGGUGUUAGUGAAGUAGGCAAGCAUCUGCAGAAGAGAAGAGGAAGGUUAAUACUUUGAGGUGGAUUUAAAGCCCAACUCAUGCCUCGAACAUGUUCAUCCUGUGACUAGAAUGGCUCUUCUUCCUUUCCUUUUUUCUUUCUGUCAACUGACCUUGGAUUCACUUUGUAUUGACUACCAGAAUUCUACUCCUGCUGUAUCAAGAUCUAUGCAUGUGCUAUGACUCAGGUCCAGAAGCCUGCUCAGUUCUCCCUCACCAUGUUAAAACCCUCUUACAUUAACAAGCAGUGAUGCCUUAUCUGCAUAUUAUUCACUUUUUCAGUAAAAACCUCUGGGUUCUUCUAAGUUAUGAUGAUAAAUUAUGGACAAAUGAAGUUCUCUUGCCAUUUUGUCAACCCACUGUAUAAAUGAACUUGGGUUUAGCGCACAAGAACAAUUGAAGCGAAUAAAGGUAUUCUUUCUUUAUCUGCUAUACAUAUGACUUCAGAAGAAAAGGAAAAACAUGACAAAAAAGACAAGUGGCUGUAAAUAAAGUUAGCAUAUGGCCUUGGUUCUUGGUUUGUAAAUGAACUUUUGUAUGUCUUUGUUAUUUUGUAUAAAACUUAGAGAAAACUGUUUUAAAAAAUAAAUGAAUUGACCAUGGUUUACUUUCUAAUCUGGUUAUACCCUUGAGCCUUGGAACUUGUAACUAUUAGCAGUAAUAAAAUCCACAUUUUCUACCAAUAUAUUCACACUACAUAUAAAUAAUAAUUGUCACACAAUCUUUUUAUGGUUAUUUGCAAAAGAGGAAAGAGCUUGGGUUAAACAACUUUUCAAACCUGUUCUUUAAAAGGGUGUGCUCUGUCCCCCUCAUUUAUUUGUGAUACUGGAUGCUGUAUUAUUUUGUGCCCUGAAAUGUAUUUUUGUACUAAUAGACCAUAUAUUACGGCACACCAGUACUAUUGUCUUUAUAUAUGAUAACACAGCUUCAAUUCGAUAUUAGCUCUUCACGUGUGGCUGACUUUUUUCUCCUUUGUGACACAAUUUUAAGUAUACCACUGUAUUAAUGAAUAAAAACAUUUUUAAAGUAAAGUC